AUGGAUCGGGACAACUUUUCAAACGGUCGACGAGCCAGACACUUCGGCAGAUCGAGCCAAGUGAGUUUCGAAAAUCGUUGCGAUCAAUUGUAUUAUUUUAUACAGAAUUUCUCGAAUUCCAAUCGAAUUGACAGCAAAAGAACUCUGCGAGACAUCUAUGUCAACGAAAAUCACAACGGUAAGACGUAAUUUGAAGUAUUUGAAAAAUGAGGAUUUUUGAGAUUCUUUCAAUCCGCCAAAUUUUUUCGCAAGUCCGAAUCCGUUCAUGGGCAGUCCGCAGGCGUUUCAGCAGGACGUAUUCCGUUUGAUGACUCCACCUCCAUCUGAGGUGAGGAAAAGUGACUCGAACAUCAAAAUGGUCGUUAAACAGAGCGGAUUUCUUCGUGACACGUCGGAUAUGACCCUCCAACUGGCUGCUCUUGGCUUCAAUGCCAACGAGAGUUGGCAGAGAAAGUUGCGAAUGCAAUCGAUGAACGAACUGCCCAAGUACAUGCGAAAUAGCCGACUGUCGAGUCUUCCGGCGUGGGCUUUGGACGAGAAUCGAGAGAUUCGCAAUGAUCUGACUCUGCGAAAGGUAGUCGACGAAGGGCUGAUUUUAAUGUUUGCCAUGGACAAAUCCGGAUGCCAGUGAGUUGAGCAAGAUAUUAAUAGCACGUUAGUUGAUUUCAGCUUUCUGCAAAGUAAUUACUACGGCGAAAACACGAAGAAUGUGGAUCCGUACACUCGCAAUCGAAUCGGGAAGGAAGUGCUCGGAAAUCGAGAGGUUUUCUUCACAAUUUCCAAGAAUAUCUUCGGAAACUUCUUUCUGCAACGCGUGAUCGAGUAUUCGGAUAGUGUGGAGCAGGAGAUCAUUAAGAAUUACAUCAUCAACGACAUCACCGCUUUGUGUCUCGACAAGAGCGCGUGUCGUGUCGUUCAGACCGCCCUCGAGAUGUUGGAGCCGCAGUUCGCGGACGCGAUCGUCGCCUCAUUGCCCCGCAAGAGCCGUCUCCUGUCGAUCUGCACUGAUCAGAAUGCGAACCACGUCAUUCAGAAGGUCGUCAAGAAGAUGCCGCUCUCCAGAUGGGAGUUCCUCGUCAGCUAUCUCUGCAAGACCGACCACGACAAUCUCAUGGAUGUGUGCCAGGACAAGUACGGUUGUCGCGUCGUGCAGACGAUUGUUGAGGUGCUCUCGGUUCACAAGGAAUGCGAUCAAGUAAGGCUUUGUAAAGAAUCUGUCAAAAAUGGGAACUUUCAGGCGGAAAAUAAGGAGAAACUGCGUGUGCUGCACCACCUGAUGACGAGAAUUCUGUCGAAAUGCCAGAAGCUGGCCACGAAUGAGUUCGCCAACUACGUCAUUCAGCACAUCAUCGAAACGCCCGGCGUGCUCUCCGUUUAUCGCGACGCCAUCAUCGAGAACUGUCUGCUCCGCAACCUGCUCUCAAUGUCGCAGGAGAAGUACGCGUCGCACGUUGUCGAAAGAGCGUUCGUGUUUGCUCCGCUCACGCACAUAGCCGAAAUGAUGGAGGAGAUUUUCGAUGGAUACGUUCCGCAUCCGUUCGUGCCUCACUUUUCAGCUUUUCUAGACAAAUUUCGUGACUAUUUCUAUUCAGGGACACUGGAAAAGAUGCGCUGGACAUUCUGAUCUUCCACCAAUUUGGAAACUAUGUUGUCCAAAGAAUGCUCGAAAUCUGCUGCUCGUCGGUGCUCGGCGAGAGGUAAGAAUGGCAUGAAAUCUAGAAUCUGAAGGGAAAUGGGACAAUUUGCAGAAAUACGAUAAUCAACGGUGUGGAUUGUCGCGACAAGUUUGAAGGAUGGCUAAGCAAGCUCUACUUGCGAGCCAGAAAGGAAAGAGCUCGUCUCACUAGGUAAACAUUGGAAACUGGCUGAUAACCAUUAAAUUUUCACAGAUUCUCAUCCGGAAAGAAGAUUCUGGAUCAUCUGGAAAACAUGGAGAAGAGAUACAAGUUCAGUCCGUCCUUCGACGUGCCGCCGUUCCAUCCGAUGGCGUUCCCUAUCAACGCGUCCCCGACGGCCGACGUGCUCUCGGCGUUCUGUUCCUCGUCGCUCUUCUCGCCGUCAGCGACCACCAGUGAGUGGCCGUCUCGCAAGAAUUCGCAGCAAUCUGAGCAUCAAUUCGAUCCGAACUUCAACAACGUUCCCAAACUGUAA